GAAACUAUACAAGCCAUUGCAGCAAUUUCAAUUGGCCUACAAUUUCCGGGUUGCAGUGGUCGGAUGUUGAUGCUGUAGGAAGAUGGGCGACGACAAGGACGAGAAAACGGAGUGGGAGAGACACAUCCAGCCCUGGCUGAACGAGGACGGCUUUUUGUACGAGCUCAAGGGCGUGGCCAAAGCGCCGUGUAAAGAUUUUUUUAUUCUUCAGAUCAGCCCUUCGCAGGUCAUAUUCCGUGUGUGGGCGAUUACGUCACCGUUCGGGAACUCCUCCUUGAGUAAGCUGACACCGGAGAAAUACACCUGUUCCUACGAGGACUUUUCUACCAGCUAUGAAAUACGAGGUGGGAUAGAGCACAGGACCACAGGUGAGCUGGACUACCUGGACCUGCUCCUGGCUGGUCAGAUCGACUACCUGAGCCGUCUGGACAGUGAGCUCCAGCUGAACAUCAUCCGGUACCUGGACGUCAUGUCGGUCACCAGGCUGGCACAGACCAACAAGUGCUUCAGAAAUCUCUGCUCUGAUGACGAGAUCUGGAAGAAUAUCUACAAGAAAAGCAACCUGAAGAAGUACGUCACGCCCACCUUCCAGUCCAUAGCACACAGCCAGGGAUGGAAGGUCUUUUAUGCCGUCAUCUCCAGGAUUGUUAAAGCGGACAACAUGAGUGGCCGAAAAUCAUUUACGGCAGAAAGUACUCGUACUUCGCGGGCGAUGUAGGACAGUUUAUCGAGACGUGUCUCCUUGUUAACUCCCAGUGUGUUCAUUAUCCAGGCGUGUCCUAGUUAACUUCACAGUGUGUUCAUUAUUAGGACGCGUCUCCUUGUUACUACACACUGUGAUCAUUCUGUGUUCAUCUGCUUUGAGAUUGUAAUAAAUAUAAAUUU